AGCAGGCGUCUAGACAAAGAGUGGGAACUUUGCCUGACAGCAUGUCUGCAAGCAUCGACAUCGACAUUGACUCCAUUCUGGAGCGCCUGGUGGCGGUCCGUGGCUCGCGGCCUGGCAAGCAGGUCAACCUCGCCGAGAACGAGAUCCGGGGCCUGUGUAUGCGGGCUCGCGAGGUCUUCAUCAGCCAGCCUGUGCUCCUUGAGCUUGAGGCUCCGAUUAAGAUCUGUGGUGACAUCCAUGGUCAGUACUACGACCUGCUGCGGCUGUUCGAGUACGGCGGCUUCCCGCCCGAGUCCAACUACCUGUUCCUGGGCGACUACGUCGACCGCGGCAAGCAGUCGCUGGAGACGAUCUGCCUGCUUCUGGCGUACAAGGUCAAGUAUCCGGAGAACUUUUUCAUUCUCCGCGGCAACCAUGAGUGCGCAUCUAUCAACCGCAUCUACGGCUUUUAUGACGAGUGCAAGCGGCGGUACAACAUCAAGCUGUGGAAGACCUUUACCGACUGCUUCAACUGCCUUCCCAUCUGCGCUGUCAUCGACGAGAAGAUUUUCUGCACCCAUGGUGGUCUCUCGCCCGACCUCUCGUCGCUCGAGCAGAUCCGCCGCAUCGUGCGGCCGACCGACGUGCCGGACACCGGCCUCCUCUGCGACCUGCUCUGGUCCGACCCGGACAAGGACCUGGCCGGCUGGGGCGAGAGCGACCGUGGCGUCUCGUUCACCUUUGGCCAGGACGUCAUCUCCAAGUUCCUGAUGAAGCACGAUCUCGACCUGGUGUGCAGGGCUCACCAGGUGGUCGAAGACGGCUACGACUUCUUCGCGCGGCGGCAGCUGGUCACGCUGUUUAGUGCACCGAACUACUGCGGCGAGUUUGACAACGCAGGAGCCAUGAUGUCCGUCGACGAGACGCUCAUGUGCUCGUUCCAGAUCCUCAAGCCGGCCGAGAAGAAGCAAAAGUAUGUCUACGGCGGCAUGGCGCAGGGGCGCCCGAUGACCCCGCCGCGUGGCCCGAAGAAGAAGAACCGCUAACUGCUGUGCACCGGCGCUGUCGCGACCAGUCAUCGCGGCUAUGCCUUGCUCAGUCCUCUCCAUCUUAGUCUUCUCCUGUCGUCCUCUUCCCUCUUUGUGUAAAGUCGCGCUGCGUGCCUU